AUGGCGAUGAAGCUUAUGGUAAAAGUCUCGUUCUUGCUGCUUAUGCAGCUACUAGUCUCGCGGGUAGACGCCGGUAGCUGGCAGAGCUGCCGUGAAGUGCCCGUGGCGAAGUGUGGUGUAGGUGACAGCGGUAGUGAUGGUCGUGAGUACCGGUAUGACAUUGGAGUGUACCGGUACAAGUGGAACGAGAACCCGUUUGAGGCUUACAGCUACAAAGGUCCCUUUGAUACCGUCCCUUUGGGCCAGGCUUUUCAGUCUUGUCAGGUCUGCUCAAACGAAACAAGGCCCACCCAGGGGGGUUCCCCUCCACAAUCCAUAACCGACAUCAUGAUCGUUGAGAACAAGGUCGGUAAGCUUGGCCCUGACAAAGCAGAGAUCCUGUCUCAGAUCCCAUGUGGUGAAGAAUGCAGGCUGUGGUUUGUGGGAUGUAACCUAACGACAAUAGAGGUAGGGGCGUUUGCUAAGUUGCCACAGGUAUCUACCCUGGUCAUCUGGCGGAGCAAUGUCCAGACUCUGAAGAACGGCACGUUUGCUGGGAUGGAGAGCCUCGAGUAUCUGCUGCUGUUGGAGAACAGCCUGACACAUCUGGAGACGAUCAAGUCCGUAGUAUAUGUCCGCGCCGUUGAGAACAAACUUCGGUCGAUCGGCGUGGAGAUGUUCCACGGGCUUGAGAGGCUGGUUUCCCUGAACCUGCAGGGUAACAGAAUCUCCCACAUUGCUGCCGGCGCGUUCUACUCAAACACGGAAUUGACUACCCUAAAUCUUGCAGCAAACAGGCUGACCUUCCUUUCUGGCGGUUGGUUCAAAUCGUCCUUUCCAGACAAUAUCAUAGCCCGUGAUAAUGGUAUUGCAGUUACUUUGUCGGAAGGCAGGGCAUUGCCAUUUACCCGGAGAAUCCACAUGUCUAACCAGCCGCGCUGCACGUGUGCGAAUGAUUGGCUUUACGACUACGAGGGGGGCUACAUAAAGUUCAAGCAGCGCUUCAUGCGUUUACUAAAUUUGCCCCCGGGAACCCACAGCUGCCCCGCCUCGGCGCUGAUGCGGAACCUCCCCGCGCCAGUCUCUCCCAGUCACACCCUGCCCUGCCCGCCACCAAUGGUGGAGAUUAUGAAGGCCGAACACAACCCUGGAUACAAGUACACGGUGGUGGGCAGGGUGUAUUGGGAGCAGUUGCCCCAAGUGUCUUGGACCUUCCCUAAUGACUCACAACACACACACGACAUAACGUACGACGCAAACACGACAACACACGCUACUCUGCCGACAGGCAAUCUAACCGUAAGAGUGGUGACCGACCUAAAGGCUGAGGGCUGGGUGAAAUGUAAGGGGCCAGCAGAUAACCUGAUGGGAGACUCAGGAAAUCACAGCCUGUGUUCUAACUACAUGGCGAGGUCCAGCUUCACCCUUUGGCUUGAGACUACCGGGCCCUUGGCCUUUGGGAACACCACUUGUGCGGUUUCUACAGAAACUGGGUCCGACACUGUUAUUUUCAUGACAAGUGAAGGCACAUACUCUGGCAUCACAACACUCCAGGCAACAGAACCCUCACUCAUCAACACGACACCAUUCUCAACCACCAUGAGCACACCACCGGUGCCCAUCGGCAUCAGCACUACACCACUGACCAUCAGUAAAACUGAUAAUGCUUAUGAAGGGGGCAUCUGCACAUGGAACAUAGUGUUGUCAUCUAUUAUCUGGUUACCGGCUGUUGCGGUGGGGCCCGGGGUUUUGUUCUGUGUCAGUUGUAUCAAGAACAGGAUCGGGCGCAAAGCUCCAGAUAACGGCACAGGUUCACCCCCGGCCCACAAUGACGAUGGUCUUUCAGUUGGCCACCUGGAUGAUCCAGUAAUCAGUCCGUACGCUGAAGGUCGUUUCGAGGAUCACGACAGCUUGAAUGAGUCAGAAUCAGUCAUCAGCCCUUACGCUGAAGGUGGUUUCCAAGACCACCCUGACUUGCGCAGGGCCGGUUCUUCUCAGUCAGAAGCCGUUCCGUACGGACAGGCAAAGCUUUGCGCAGCGUACCCAGGCCGCCCCCGCGCGCAGACACACCCCGUGCCGUCCCGCCCGUACAGCGCCGAGCGUCCCCGUCAGACACCAAACAGGGAAGGGGCAGUCGUACCUGGCUAUGGUCAAAACGGCAGUGAUGAGUCAAGCAAAACCUGCUACCAGCACCCAAUCAUUCUCCCCAAACCAGGUGCUACCCUGUCCUCUGCCUACCAGCAGAAUGCCAGCGCCGCUAAGCGUUCCCGUAAGGCACGUUGCUACAACUCCCCUGCCACUAACACAGAGAGUGCCCUGUCUAACACAUAUGGCUAUGGUCAAAACGGCGGCGAUAAGUCAGGCAAAACCUGCUAUCAGCAUCCAUCUAUCCUACCCAACCCGGGUGCCACCCUGUCCUCUGCAUACCAGCACAAGCAGAAUGCCAGCGCCGCUAAGCGUUCCCGUAAGGCACAUUGCUACAACUCCCCUGCCGCUAACACAGACCGUACCCUGUCUAACACUUAUGGCCAGCAUGACACUAUUGCGACGGUCUGUAACUCUGUAGCGUCUCCUAUGGCCGGUAGCUAUGACCCUGCUGCCCCGAGCAGAAGUGAGACGGACACUCCGUCCGCCGUCUAUGAUGAAACCCACCGCAUUCUGCCCGACACAAGCCGGGGAAACAGUUACAUCUGCCCCUCCCCUGCGACUGGUGCUGGCCGGUCCCCGGCAGCUGCAUACUGCCAUUAUGAGCGUAGGGAGGCAAUAAACAACACCACAGAGUACCCAGAGACAAACAGCUAUGAACCGCCUCCUACUGGUGGAAUUAGCCAGUGA